AUGGGAGACGACGACCAUCAUCACGAUUUCCAGGAAGCUGGAUCCGGUGCUUCAGCCACCUACCCUAUUCAAUGCUCUGCUCUCAGAAAGAAUGGUUAUGUUCUACUUAAGGGUAGACCAUGUAAGAUCGUCGAAAUGACUACUAGUAAGACCGGCAAACAUGGGCACGCGGCAAUUCACCUUGUUGGUCUCGAUAUUUUCACUGGAAAGAAACUCGAAGGUGGGCGCACUGAAUUCCAACUUUUGAAUGUUGAUGACAAUUUCUUGAGCUUGAUGACGAAUGACGGUGCCACCAAGGAUGAUGUUCGUGUUCCUGAAGGUGAAUUGGGUGAAAAGCUCCAAGCUGAUUUCAAUGAAGGCAAGGAACUUUUGGUCACUGUUAUCAGUGCGAUGGGAGAGGAAUCUGUUAUCUCUUAUAAAGAGGCACCUAAAU